AUGUCUUCCACCGCUCCUCAGUCAUUAUCAAAUACAAAAUGUCAGCAAAUGUUUGAUUAUGACAAUUUUACUAUCACACAACCAUUUGAAAGAACAGUUGUGAUUCCUUUAAAAUCACAAUUUCGAAAGAAUACAACAUUCUAUAUUCAUUUGUAUUUGUAUCAAGGCCACGAUCCGUUUCGUGAUCAACAAGCACUCUAUCGAAAAUUAGAAAUAUCAAAGUUUCUUGUACCACAACAGGAUUUUAUUAAUUUAUUUCAUGAAAAAGUAAUUGGAAUUGGUCAAACAAAUAAAACUGAACAGAAUAAAAAUACAUCUAGUUUACCUGUUACUCAUAUACAAAAGAAAAUAAUACUUAAUAUAAUGCAGAAUGAUGUCACAUUCGAUCGAUCACAAAUACCACAAGAAAUAUUUGAUAUAUUUCGUUUAGUGACGAGUACAACUUACCUACCGCUCAUGUCUAUUGAUAAAUUAUCCACUCGAUUACGUGAUUAUUCGCCAUUAAAUAUGUCAUCACCCGAAUUGAAACUUCAAUUUCAGUAUUCUCCCGUAUCAUUAGGUCGUUUACGUUUAUGGUUAAAUUUUGAACGUGGUCUUGAAAGUACUCGACAAUGGGGUUUUCAAGAUAAAGAAAUUGAUGAAAUUAAAGGAAUAUUUGCUGAUAAUAAUUUAACAAUACUAGCUCUAACAUUUGUUGUGGCGGCAUUCCAUACAUUAUUUGAUUUUUUGGCAUUUAAAAAUGAUAUCAACUAUUGGCGACAUAGAAAAACAAUGGUUGGACUAUCAAUAAGGACAGUUCUAUGGCGUUCUAUUAGUCAGUUUAUUAUAUUUCUCUAUCUUCUGGACUCUGGUGCAAGUUUAUUAGUAUUAAUACCAACGGGCGUUGGAACUUUGAUUGAAAUUUGGAAAGUAACAAAAGCAUUCAAAAUAAAAAUACGUUUUAAUGGAUAUCGACCAGUUGUCACAUUUGGAGCCAUUUCGAAAGCCGAAGAAGAUUCGAUGAUGUACGAUUCUACGGCUAUGCGUUAUUUAUCUUACCUAUUAUAUCCAUUAUGUUUUGGUCUGGCAGUUUAUUCCCUAAUGUUUAAUCAACACAAAAAUUGGUAUUCUUGGUUAAUCAAUAGUCUUGUCAAUGGUGUGUAUGCAUUUGGAUUUAUAUUUAUGAUGCCACAAUUAUUUCUUAAUUAUAAAUUGAAAUCUGUUGCUCAUUUACCAUGGAGAGCAUUCAUGUAUAAAGCUUUUAAUACAUUUAUUGACGAUUUGUUUGCGUUUAUAAUAACAAUGCCAACAGCUCAUCGUUUAGCUUGUUUUAGAGAUGAUUUCGUUUUUAUUAUAUAUCUUUAUCAAAAAUGGCUAUAUCCCGUGGAUAAAGCACGUGUGAACGAAUACGGAGAAUCGUUUGAUGAUGUUCCCGUUGCGGAUAAAAUAGAUCAAAAAUCCGUAGUCGAAUCAAAAAAAAAACAAUAG